AUGGCUGAUUGGUCUGAAGUCUACUCUGAUCUGCUGUCCUCCUAUGUGGAGCAGUACACAGAUGCCCGAGGGAAUCCUGACCUCAGGGCCCAGAUCCUGGCUGAUGUGAAAUCCCAGAUCCUUCAGCAAGCAUCUUCAGGAUCUGUGGAAUUGCCCCAGAACUUGAGAGUGGCCAUCAGAAGGGUGUUUUUGCCAGAACUAGACCCUGAAGACCAGGAUGAUGAGGAACACAUCAUUGAGAGCAUCCUGGCUGCAACAGACAAGAGGAAGGAGCAGCCUGGGACUGGUGAGGAUGAGGAUGCCAGAGAGGAGAUGACCAGACCUACCAAGGCUGGAAACUACAGAAAACCCUUCACUGAUUUUACUGCCUCCCAGCAGCUCUUCAAAGAGGACAUGGAUGCCUAUGAUAGGGAGAGGAGGGACACCAAGGACCCCAAGACCAUAGGUCAGAGUACCAAAAUCAUCCAACAGUGGUGGGAGUCUCUUGCAGAUGACAAGAAGGCUGAAGCAGGGAGGGCUGCUUCCAAGUGGAAUAAGUUGGGAGCUCCAAAAGAAACUCAUGAAUUGUACAGGAGAAAAAAUUUUCCCAACAUGGCCAGAGACUUUAUUGAAACAGUCAGGAGGACCAUGGGGUCAAAUAUAGUGAUGUUUCUGGCUCAUGAGACUACUGAUUCUCAGAUCAAGAUGGCAGUCUUUGAAACACAACCCCCUGAUGGGAAGAAGGCCUUCUCAGAGUCUUCAGAGACCACCAAGGAUUGGGUUCUAAAGGGAGAGCAAAUGUUAACCAAUUAUCUUUUGACUGAAGCUGCUGAGGAAGAUUUGAAUGAUGAGAAUCCAAAGGUGGAGAUAGCCUUGGAUGAUGAAGGAAACCCAGAGGUACCAGCUUGGACUGGUCAGAAACUCAAGGUCCAGCAGAGUUUGGCAAGAAUGGUCUUCCAGGCUGCCUAUUUGCAUCUACAGUUGUUGAUGGAAGUUGGAAACAUAGCAAAGUUUACAGGGAAGCCCAAGGCCAAGGUUCCCUGGGGCCUGCUUAUCAAGUCCCAUUUGGAGUAUCUGAGUUCCGAUUCCAUCCCAGAAGGAUUUGUGAUGAAAGAUCCUUCAAAAUGGACCAAGGCCGACAUGUGGAUGCUUUGGAAUCAUUGGAAUUCCCAAGAGGAGGAGGAUAAGGUGAUUGUUUCAUUCAUCAAGUGCAAAAAGGAGGACAAGCCAUUGGGAAGGCCCUGGAACAGGAAAACCCCAUCCAAAAAGAGAGAGUGGAUGAGCCCUGGGGAGGACAGUGAAGCCGGGGUGGAGGCCAAGCCCUCAGAUUUAGGGGAAGAAAUUGGUGGGGCUGGUAUGACCCCUAUAGCAACUUCAUCAGGGGCCCAGGAUAUCCUUGACUCUGGGAGGGCCCCAUCUGAAGAUACCCCUCAUGAAUCCAGCCCUGCUUGUCAUGCCAAUGGGGACAGGGUGAAAUAUUUAAAGUCCCUUUGCAUCAUGCCCAGGUACCAGGAACUUGUUGAGCUUGUAGAUGGCUUGCCAGAGACAGAACCUGAUGCUGGACAAGUCAACCUGCCUGUCUGGGCAUCUUGGGCCUGGAGUGCCCAGUAUUUGCCCCAGGAGAUGCAUGGCAAUGGGGAUUCCUUCUGGAAGGCACUGUAUCAAUUGCAAAGUGAAAAGUUUGCAUCCACCCAGAAAGGCCUUACCAUUGUACUGGGAUUUGGUUUGUUGUGGAGGGAGUGCAAAAGAGCACAGGACAUAGAAUCAGAUGACCCUGAAGCUGCUAAUCUGGGCUUUUUGCUAGGCUCAGGUCUUGAUAUCCACAAGGGGGAAGAUGUUAUGGGUGCAGUGGGGCUGGUAGUUGCAAGACUGCAGCAGAAUUCUGGUGGCUCAAGCAGAGGGAUUGGUGCACAGGAAACAACUGGGGUCAGUGCAGGGGAUUCCUGUCCCACCCAGGGGGGUGGCAUGAAGGAAUCCCGGAAUACAAGAAAGGAUGUGAGGAAAAGAAAAAGGGGAGGCAGUGGGGAUGUUGAUCAGAAGAUGGCAAAGGAGGGUGAAGAGGCAAGCAAGAAAUCAACCAGAGCUCGUCAACCAACCAAGAGAGCUCUGGGUCUUGGUCUAUAA